AUGACCAAAUUCUCCUCAGCAAGUCACAGGAAAAAUCACAAUUUUGACGUCAACUCCACCAUACUCAAUAGUGUAAUGUCUACCAGGACGGAUACACUUUUUCGGAAGUGGCAACAGCGAUAUGACAUUAGUGAACAAGCUUUCCACGCGCUUUGGGGCAUCCUUGCCGCAGUAGAACAUGAUGCAGAGCUCGAGAGACACAACGGUAUCAGCCACCAAGUAUUCCCUCAGAGCCAGCCACUGGAUUUGGAUGGACGUCCCACAGAUGGGUGGCUCCUCGACAGAAUGAUUGGUGCAGACGCAGGAUAUGCAUCCAUCGGCAAUGGCUACAACCCUCAACCAAACACAGAUGAAAACUUUAUCUCUGGAGGUUCAAACAUUGGACUAUUCGAUGACGAUAUACUUGUUGGUGGAUACAAUAUGGAGGUGGCCUACGUACCGGAAGUUCAACCUGUUUCGGACAACCUGGAUAUCUUACCUGGGGAUGCCUCAAUCCUGGCCGAGCAGCUGCCUACUCAGACCCCUUUACCACAGAUAUCGUCCUGGGGUGAACGUUUACCUAUGGAAGGCAACAAACAGUGUAUCAGCAUUUUGACCAAGCCCAAAUAA